UCUACAGCUCAAUUGGCUUCAAUGCCAACGAACAACCCUGUUUCAAUGAAGCACUGUCAUAGAGAUCUUUGUGAUAUUUUAUUUGAUCCAAUUGCUGCCAUUGACAAUGGCACUGACAAGUGCAUCUGAUGAUUCUUUGCCCGAUGGCGAAAUUGGUCGGUCAGGGACAACGGUGGAUAUCGCAAUGGACCGGCCACAAAGCAUAACUGAAGCUAUUUCUCUGGCCCAGUUUCCUUCUCGUGCUGAGAAAUCGAAAGGACAAUCCGUUGCUAUUGUUGCUGCCUCUUUCACGAUAAUAUUUACUUGCUGCGGUCUCAAUUUUGCAUUCGGUGUCUAUCAGGCUUUAUAUGAGACUCUGGCCAGACAGCCAGGAACGCCAUUUACUGGUGCCAGCCCGGCAGAAAUCGACCUAAUCGGCACGCUUUGUAUAUCUUUAAUGACAAUUGGUGCCCCAUUCGUCGUCGCUUGGGCCAAGCGGUUCUCACCUCGACAUGUUUCGUUUGCCGGUGGUCUUAUCUUUGGAGUUUCCCUUGUCUUGGCAAGCUUUGGGAAAGCGUUAUGGCAUUUCGAGCUAACUCAGGGACUUCUUUGCGGCAUUGGCACCUGUUUGUCCUACAUGGUGGCCGUCACUACCGCUCCAACUUGGUUUACUAGCCACCGCGGCCUAGCUAUGGGAGUCAUAUUAUCUGGGACUGGAGUGGGCGGCCUUGUCUGGGCCCCGGCUCUGAAUGCUUGUAUUAACAGCCUUGGCUUCAGAAAUACUCUGCGUCUAACCGGCGCUGUCUCCUUUGCACUUGUUUCCAUUGCCAGUGCUGCUAUAACCUGGGAGCCGACCAGCAAGGCACGAUUCUGGACGGAAAACAAUGCGAGGACUAGCCGCGCCGACGGGAUUCUGAAAGUGCCUCUUGUGGAUAUUCGUGUCGCUCGAACACGCAAGUUUGCCGCUCAGGCCCUAGGGGCCAUCUUUCAAUCCGCAGCGUACUACACGCCGGUAUUUUUCUUUGCUUCGUAUGCGAGAAGUCUUGGAUACGGCGAUACGGCAGGCGCCAAUUUCAUCGCUCUCAGCAACGCAUGCAAUGCCGUUGGCAAGAUUGUCAUUGGCUACGCCGCUGACCGCAUUGGUCGAUUAAAUACGCUAUUUAUUACAACUCUCUUUAGCGCUAUUGCCGCUAUCGGCUUCUGGCUGCCUUCGACAAUGGGGGACGCAACAACAAGAACACAAGGUCUCUUUGUCACAUUUGUUAUUUUCUACGGCAUUUUUGCCAGUGCCUAUGUCGCUCUUUUCCCGACGAGUCUCAUUGAGAUAUUUGGCGCCCAGAAUUUCGCCUCUGUGAAUGGCGUCUUAUACAUGGUACGUGGCAUGGCGACCAUGGUGGGCACGCCUGUCGGCGGUGUGUUGACUCGAAAUACGGCAUCGGCUUUGAGCCCUAAAACUUUUGAGGGUAUGUCCAUACUGGUCAGCGUUCUUCUCUUUGCAGCCUCUGCUGCUGUCCUUUGGGUACGAAUGGAGGCAAUGGUUGGCCCCAGUGGAAUUGUAAGCUGGAAGUGGAGGCAAUGAUACAGGUAAAAGUGUAAAUGAUUUCCGUCGUCCCGUGUAUAUAAAGUAUAGACCCAUUUCCGGUCGGAGAAGGA